AGAAAUUAUGACUUUUGCGAGUGAAAACUCAAAUCCCAGAUGAGUGAUGAGUGUAAUGAGAAGUCCGAAAAAACAAUGUAAAAACACACCUUAAAUAUCAAUAAGAAUGAGAAAAUACAACAGUGUAAGCUUAUAAUACCGUCAGCGAUAUGUUUACUAAAAAAUCACAUCAAGAUGUCAAAAAAUCCACCGUUAAAAUACAGGAUUCCAAGAAGGAUUCGACAACGCGAUUAAAGCACCUUAAAAUCGUUUUAGAACAUUUUGAUGCUGAUGAAGCAAAAACGUACUUUGAGGCCAAUUUUAGUCAUGUGUAUUUUAUAUUGUAUGAUAACUUUAUUUUAGCAGAAAAUAAUCUUCGACAAAGAGAACUUCCGUUUCAUCUCGUCCACAAAGCUGGCAGGGAAGAAUUAGAAGGAGCACUCUCACUAUUAGAAAAAGUAUUAUGCCUUUUGCCAGAGCUGCUUGGGAAGAGAUGGCAGUUACAUUCUCUUACAAGAAUAUUUUCUAAGCUCCUACAUAGUGGUAAUUCACAAAAACUUAGAGCAGAAGCUAUAAGAUUUUUUCUCUUGUGGUACCAAGCACUUGGAGAUAAUGCGCCUCAUGAAGUGCAUAGGAUGUUUGCAAUGCUGGUACCAGGCAUGCCUGAGUCACCCACACAUUCAAUCGGAUCCCCGUUUAAGCCGAAACCAUUUGAUUUGGUUACUAAUAUAUCAAAUGACUCCGGUGAUUUUAAAAUGGAAGAUAUUAUGCACCAUCCAAACUUUAGUUCUGCUAGUGAUAAUGCAAAGAAAGUUGUUGUGGAACAAACAUCAACUGGUAUAAUGGGAAAGUUGGCUAAUGUGUCAGCAUCAAUAUUUCAUGAUACGAAUGCACUAAAUCCAGUCCAAAGUGUAGAAAUUCAACCUUUAUUGCCAGCCAGUGCUAACGAGAGACCUGUUGAUAAUGAAACAAGAUAUUUUUUUGAAAUUCUACUUGACGGUAUGGCAACUUCUGUUACCAAGAUACAUUGGCGAGACAGAUCACACAACAAAGCAAUGAGAUGUUUUGCAUUUUUAUUGGAGAAAUUUAAAAUUUAUUACCUGCCAAUCAUUUGCCCGCAAUUUAAUUAUAAAAAUUCACUAUACAAGCCUAAUCUAGAAUUACCAGUUCAGCAUAAUAUAUUAGAAGAUGACUAUGUUAUAUGUAGAGUGACAUUAAUCAAAUGGGUGGCGAGCUAUGCAAACUUCGUAAAGCGACAAGGCAGCGAUAUUGGUCAGCCAUCGUCUAUGACAAGCACAGGAUCCCAUCUGCCACAUUCCGGCACACCUACUCCAGCAACUUCAUUACACCAUGAGGAAGAGACUUCGUUCACUGUUGGACAACCAUCAGAUUCAAGUAGGGCAUCAUCACAUGACUCUGCGUCUAACACACCUCAUCCUAGUUUAGAAUCAGGAUCAGGUAUAUUUGAGGAGCUAAGCUCGGAGCAGGUGGUGAGAGACGUGCUGUGCGGCUCGUCUCGUGAACACGUCGACUUCACCAUUGAAGUGCUCCGGCAAGCAUUCCUGUUGCCUUUCUCACAUGCUGCUGCUGUGAGACGCGUUAUCGGGCUUUACAAAGACUGGAUACAGAUGAAUGUGUCGGAGAUCCCUCCAUUCCUGGUAGAGAACACAUACGAGCAGCAGCUGGCAGCGGGGGAGCCAGCAGCGCCGCCGCGCAGACUGCGCAAUGACUCCUACCUUGGCGCUGUCAACCGCGACAUCAUGGUGCGAGCUGGAAUGCAGAAUGUCCUGCAAGUGUUUAUGACGCAAGCGGCUAACGUGUUCGUUGCGUCGUCUCCGGUGGCAGCACCCGGCGCGCUCGGCCACCAGCAGCUGCUGCAGGAGCAGACGGACACAUGUAAGCGUGUGCUCAACAUAUACCGUUAUAUGGUCAUGCAUGUCGCUAUGGACGCUAGUACGUGGGAACAACUUUUGUUAGUAUUACUUCAAAUUACAUCUUUGGUAUUAACCAAAGUAGUGCCUAAGAGAAAACAAGAAACACUUGGAGGAUUUCUAGCGCCCGCACUAUUCCAAACACUUAUCGUCACAUGGAUCAAAGCUAAUUUAAAUGUCGCGGUAAAACCUGAACUGUGGCAAAGUUUCAUGGAAUUGUUGACAAGACUGACGCACUGGGAAGACCUAAUUAAGGAAUGGGCGAAAACAAUGGAAACGUUGACUCGAGUAUUAGCGAGGCAUGUUUACUCAUUGGAGUUGUCGGAGAGCGCAGGCGUGGCGUGCGGUGGGGAGACGAGAGGGCGCGGUGGGCGUCGCCCCACGCCUGCGCCCGCGCCGCUGCCCCGCCCCACACCACGGGCACGACCAGCGCUGGCACCGCCAGAUCUACGAACACCUGGAAAGUCAGCGCGUGCGAGCAGUGACGCGCAUGUACGUAAAGAGACCGUAAGAGGACGACAACUGCAGCGCUGCCGCAGCGACCCGCACAUCACCCGGCACGCGCACCUUCAAAAUGUUGCAGUGGAAGAAACCAAAGAACACAGCACAAAACCAAGAAGAUGGUAUUCAUUGGAUUCUCUGAGGCAGUCGUCGCAACAGGAGGAAAGGGAUUCCGCGAGUGGAUCCCGCUCACCAUCGCCGGCGCCAUCUAGCGGAGUUGAGAGCAGUUCUAUUAAAGACUCACCUCUACAAAUUGAUUUAGCUUCGGAUGGUGGAAAUGUUGAGUGGGCGGAGAACGAGAAUGCGGUGUCGUGCGCGGAGGGCGGUGGUGGGGGUGGUGCUGGGGCAGGAGUGGGCGUGGUGCUGGGCGGGGCGGCGCGCGGCUGGCUGCCGGCGGUGGCUGCGGUGCUGUGGCGACGCAUGCUGGCCGCGCUCGGCGACCCCAACCAUCUACGUGACCCGCACGCACACGCACACUUCUACAACUACUUGAUACAUCUCAACUCCACUCUGCUCAAGAUAAGUGCAAAUCAGACGUUAAAUGGCAAUACGGAGAUCCACGUACCGUUCAACUUGGUGGCGGGAUGGUGUCUGGAGGCAGAAGCACUUCCGCCCACGCACAGAGCGGGGAAGUUGUUGGCGCUGCGGUUGUUGUGCGAAUCGACGCAGGCGCAGGGUCCGGGCGCGCCCUCCUCCUGCAACAACCGUCUGCACCUCGCACAUCUGCAUCUGUACCAACGAGCUUUACAUCAUGGUUUAACUGGCGAAGACCGAUCCGUGGUAGAUGUGUUGGUGGAAUACGCAGCACCGCGCUAUCUCUCGCUGGCUCUGGACGGCUACUCCCUGCUACUGCUUGACUUUGUCCACGCAUCCACUGUUGUACUUAACUCCUCGGAUAUGGGACCAUCGUGUCCACGCACUGCGGCGGUGACGUUCCUGGGUUCCCUGCUGGCGCUGCCUGAUGAGCUGAUGUCAGCGCCCAUGCUGCAGCCCUACCCACACCAAUACAACACCGUAUCUUGUCCCGACCUGAAGGAACACGUGCUGAAUAUAGUGGUGCGCGUGUGCCGGCGCGAGGGGGCGGCGGCGGCGCGGUGUGCGGGCGCGUGCGCACUGGCCGCGCACGUCGCGCACCUGCUCGCCACGCGGCAGACGUGCGCCCGCCUCCCCGCCUACCUCACCUGUCUGCUGCAAAUGCUCAUGAUGAAAAAUAAAACAAUAGCCAAAGUAGUUAGCGAUGCUAUACUCGUGCUAGCGGACUACACGGAUUGUAUCGUUGAACUUUACCCUGGACUUGCAGAGAAAAUAAUAAAAUGGAUAUGCGCGUGCUUGGCUCAAAUAUCAAGUAGCAGUGGUCGUGAUUCUGUGAAGCCGUUAGCAGGCUCGUUGUUACUGUGCUUGGCUGAGUUCGCGGUGCGCUGCGGCCCUGCUUACCUCAUGAAGGAAAAUGAAGGAGAACAAACAUUACUGCUUACUAUCUUCAAGGUUCUGUAUGCCGUGAUGAAGGGAACAAAUGGCUCCGAUAUAGAAGGUCUGUCGUUGCCCGUUGACGAGGAUUUCGAUCCCAACAUUCAGCUGGACAACUUGGGCCCGAAGACAUCGCCCGCCUCAACCAUAGAUGUCAAACUUUGGGCACAAACUAUCUGCACUCAGCUGGUCCUUUACCUGGGCCACUGGCCGCUGUGGAGUGGUUGCCAGGUGUCGUCAAGCGUGUGCGAGCAGCACGACAGCAGCCCACCGCUGGGCGCCGAGCUGGGCCCUGCGGUGUUGGCCGCCAGAAAUGUCCAGCUGAUGCGUUUCAGUGAUGCCACGCUUGCUUCCUUGAUCGAACUGCCCUCGCUUGAUAUGCCCACCGGUGGGACUACGCCAGGUCUGAUGACGUCAGACCGGCAAGUCCGCAUCCUGCUACGUGAUAUAGCGGGCAAGGCGUGCUGGGACGCCUCCGCCCUUUACUACGACCCUUUUGUCACUUCAUCUGAAGAAGUGCUGUCACUCUCCGUACCUGACACUGUUGACUGCCCGAGGGACAACACCUUAUCAUCACUCCCGCCUCCGUUGCCGCCAGAUCUUCUACCUGAUUACAAAAACUCACCGCCCGAUAAACAUCAGUUGGAUCACGUAUUAGCAUACAUCGGGCACACGUCCCCCGAAGUGACGUGUGGGCGGCGACUGGACAGCGCGGGACCCUCCCCACUACCGCCCGGACACGAGGACGAGCUUGUUGCAGCUCUUGUUGCGCAUCGGAAUGCUGAACGACUAUAUCUCACACAGCGGGAUAGUGACGAGGAACCAGAAGCUGCCGAGGAAUGUACGUCUGGGUGUGCGAACACCGCCGGCCCGUUCGAGUUAUGCAGGCAGUUCCUGGCACAGAGCGGUGCGCUGGCGCCCUCUCGCCGCGCCCACGUGCAACUGCUGCGCCGUUCUGAUAGGCUGCUGAGGGAACUGCGCAAUCUAGACGCCUUGAGGUGUCGUGAAACGCAUAAAGUGGCAGUUAUAUAUGUCGGUAAGGGGCAGGAGACGCGCAAUGAGAUCCUUUCGAAUCGCUGCGGCAGCCCCGCAUAUGAAGCAUUCCUUGCAGCACUGGCCUGGGAGGUGGAGCUGGAGUCGCACGUGGGAUUCGCGGGUGGACUGCGCGGUGGGGGCGGCGGCGGCGUCUCUGCGCCUUACGUCGCCACACUCACGCUCGAAGCACUCUUCCACGUCGCAACGCGCAUGCCCGCCGAUACACCCGACGCCAUACUCAACAAGACCCGUCACCUGGGCAACGACGAGGUGCACGUAGUGUGGAGUGAGCACUGGCGGCCGUAUAAGCGCGACACGCUGCCCACGCAGUUCUGCGACGUGCUCAUCACGCUCUACCCGCUGCCCGGUGGCCUUCUGCGCUGCACCGUCAACAGGAAACCCGAUGUGUCAGUAUUUGGUCCUCUGUGGGAGGAGUGCGUGGUGCGCGUGAGCUGCGGCGCGGCACUGGUGCGGGGCGCGGCGUUCGCGGGCGGGCGGGCGGUGCGCGCCACCAUGCCGCUCUACCAGCACGCGUGCUCGGAGCGCGCGCGCGGCCUCGAUGCCCUCGUCGCGCACCACACUCAACCCGCCACUUUCGAGCACUUCGUGCAGCGCGUGCGGGACCCCGUGCCCCCGCCCCCGCCCGCACCGCCAACACUGGCGCCGCCCCACGACCAGCCCGAUCAAGGUAGCGGACGACUAGCGGCCGCGCUGCUCGACCACGGCGCGAGCUCGUGGGGGGGCGGGGCACCACACACGGUGUCCCCGCGACCCUCCAAACGCCUUGGACCCUUCAAGCGGCCGCAAGCCGCGCCCAGCGGCCCUCAAACCGCACCGCCCGAGGCGCCCUCGUCGCGCAGACCGCGGUGAACUCACGUAUACAUAGCGCCACUCGAAUAACGUAAUUAUUCCAAUCUCUAGCCAAAUAAACGAAUAUAAAGUACGGCCGACUAGCAGCGAUACGACAAGUCAUUCUCCUAAAAAAACGUCUGUGGAUUUGACAAUAUGUCAUCCGUCUCUUUCCAUCUUGUUUACUUUUCGUAAUGUCUCUUCCUCUCUAAAAAUUGUCAAGGUCAUGGCGUGGUUGGCAACGUUUGAGAUGGCUGCUAGUAUGACAAAUUAUAUUCCCUUUUACGCCAUUCUAUAUUUUAAUUCUUAUGCUCCGUUUUUAAAAGAAAAACCUAACUGUUAUUCAACCAACAUUCACACCAAUUUGAUUGCAUUGUCUUAAAUCAAAUAAAUUAUACCUAUUAAUUGACAUUUCAGUUUUACCUUUCAAAAACCGGGCGUAAUUUAACUUUUGUCUGCCCAAAUUCUUUGUUUUAGUCUUAAACUCGGACAAACUUGUGUAAAUUAAUCACAAAAAUAUUGAUUUUAAAAAAAUCAACAUAUCAGAAUAUAGAUACUAUAAAUGAUUAUUAAAUUUGAGAAGAAUAAUAAUUGCGAAUAAUAGAAUCUCUUAACAUAAAUAUUAGUUAUAUUUAUUUUUUUAUUUAUUUACGCCUACCAUUGAUAUGGUAUUUCAAUAAAUUAUAUUUGACAUUCAACAUCUUAGUUUUCGGCAACAAAAGCGUAGAUUUUAUUACACAAAAUCGUACCGCUGAAAUUGUAUUUUUAGUUUUUAUUAGUCUAAUUCUCGGGGU